AGUAAGGGAAGGAUGUCGAGUAGAGAAGAAAGGCUGACAGAGGUGGAGGUGGGCACACAGCUCUACACGAGGAGGUCGAGCCAUGAUAUAAAUAACUUGGCCACCGUUUCCAGCAGCCUUUUGCCGGCUUUUGGCACCGUUGUCGGUGAUGUGUCUCUUCCUCUUAGGAGAUAUAUCAUCGCCCCUUAUGAUCGUCGAUACAGGUGGUGGCAAACAUUUCUGGUGGUCUUGGUAGUGUACUCAGCCUGGUCUUCGCCUUUCGAGCUAGCCUUCAAGAAGGUGGCAACUGGGUCCCUCCUCCCCGUUGAUUUGUCAGUCGACGCAUUCUUCGCCGUCGACAUUUUCCUCACCUUCUUUGUGGCUUACCUAGACAAAUCAACCUAUCUCCUCGUAGAUGAUCACAAGAAAAUUGCAUUGCAGUACGUGACACACCUAUGGUUCCCCAUGGACAUAGCCUCAACUCUGCCAUUUCAGUCCAUAUACAGGCUCGUCACCGGAACAAUGCACAAAGGUGAGGUCUUUGGCUUCCUAAACUUGCUCCGGCUAUGGCGGCUCGGACGUGUUAGUGAGCUCUUUACAAGGUUGGAGAAGGACACGCGUUUCAGCUACUUCUGGACAAGAUAUUGCAAACUAAUAUGUGUGACACUAUUUGCGGUACACUCAGCAGGGUGUUUCUACUACUGGCUAGCCACCCAUCACAAAAUACCAGCUGACACAUGGAUUGGAGAAAGGGUUCCCGAUUUUGAGCAUAGAAGCAUCUGGCUGGGAUACACCUAUUCCAUGUACUGGGCAAUUGUGACUCUGACAACUGUUGGCUAUGGAGAUUUGCAUGCAGUCAAUAUGGGGGAGAAGGUUUUCAAUAUAUUAUACAUGCUAUUCAACAUUGGCCUAACAGCAUAUCUGAUUGGAAACAUGACAAAUCUCAUUGUCCACAGCGCUGUUCGAACUUUUGCUAUGGGAGCCUUCAGGCAUCUUCAAUUCCCUACAUUCUCCAUCCUGAAACCUCAGCUCAACUUUAAGCCUUUUCCCAAGUACAUGAAGUUGGUUGCAUGGAGCAUAUAUUCUUUUGAUGCAUGGAAUAGGAAGAAGGAUGUGUUACCUAGAAGUGUUCAGGAAUGCAAGAAUACCAUAUUCCUGAUUUUGCAUACCACAAUGUCAUACGAUGGGAGGGAUGCCAUCAAUGAAAUUUUGCAAUAUGCAAGCAAGAACAGACUACCAGAAAGUUUGAAAGAGCAAAUGCUGGCACACAAACAACUUAAAUUUAGGACAGCAGAACUGCAACAAGAAGAAGUGCUUGAAGACCUACCCAAGGCAAUUAGGUCAAGUAUAGCUCAGCAUCUCUUUGGUAAUAUUGUGGAAAAAGCCUAUCUUUUCAAAGGAGUUUCUGAAGACCUUAUCAUCCAGCUGGUGUCUGAAAUAAAAGCAGAAUAUUUUCCACCUAAGGUUGAUAUUAUCUUACAAAACGAGAUACCUACAGAUUUCUAUAUUGUCGUGUCUGGUGCAGUGGAUCUACUGACAUACAACAAUGGAGUGGAACAGUUCUUGUCAAAAGCAGGAGCUGCAGAAAUGGCAGGAGAAAUAGGGGUACUUUUCAAUAUACCACAACCUUUUACAGUGAGAACUAAAAGACUUUCUCAGGUGAUUCGUAUUAGUCAUCAUCAAUUCAAGCAAAUGGUGCAGCCACAUACUGAUGAUGGACAGAUAAUUGUCUCCAACUUUAUACAGGCCUGGUCAUUAAUUAGUCUGAAAAAGAUCCUCAAAAAUUAG